GAUUUUGUCAUGCGUCUUUGAAGUUCAACGGAUAUACAAAAGCGCAUUCUAAUGUAUAUAUAUCCACAUAGCAGAAGUGAGAAGCAUGACAUAGCUUAGUUCUAUUCACUAGAUGGAAGCCUUAUCUGUUGUACCAAGCGUGCCUCUACUAUAAAUGGAGCUUUCUGCAUUCCCGAGCUUCAAAGCAGUUUCUAAUGCUUCUUUUUUCCCAUUUUCUUCGAAUCAAGUUUGGUGCCGAUGCUCUCUUCGUCUUCCUCGCCGCGAUCAUGGCUUUCGUUGGAUUCGCAAAUCAAAACCGUUUGUUCGGAUCAGGAUGUGCUCGGAGAAAGGUUCGUCGGGGAACGGUUAUGGCGGAAUCGAGAGCGGAGAAACGAAAUCUGAUUUCGUCGAAGUGAUUGGCAUUGGCAGUAGGAAGGACGCGGUUCUAGAUUUCUGCUUGAACUCGCCAUUUCAGUUAUCGUCGCUGCGGUUUUGGAAUAUCCUUAUGAAAGAAUCACAAGAGGUGCAAUUACAACAAAGGUCAAUUGAAGAAGAACCUCAUCCAAGAAUUGUCAAAGCUCCAGUAUUUAUGAAGUCAUGCUCAAAGACUAUUGUCCUUGUGGCUAGCGCUGGAUACGGAUUGGACCACACUGUUGCAGUUGAUAUUUUUGACACUGUAAGGUCCUUAAAUGGAUUAACAGUUGCUAUAGUUUUGAAGCCUUUUAGCUUUGAAGGUUUAAGACGACAAGAUGAGGUGAAAGCUUUGGCGGGAAAACUUAAGGAGAACACAAAUUUACUUAUUGAAAUUGAUAUUGAUGCACUGCUCAAAAAAGACUUGUUGACUCUAGAUGAGGCUGUGAAGACUGCAAAUGAUGCAGUUUUGCUAGCUAUUAAGGCCAUAUCUGUUCUAAACUCUGAGACGCACAGAAAAUUUAUAGAUAGAAUGCAUGAUGGCAUGAACGAAGCCAGCACUUUAGAAAUUAAUAAAAUAUUGGAAUGCUAUAAAGAAGCAGGAAUUGGAUUUGGAGCUGCAUAUAACAUCAAAACUUCAAUUUUGCAGUCUAUAUUUGAUUGUCCUUUCCUGGGAGUUCGUUUGAAGGAUCCAAAUAGCGUAGUUAUAUGCAUUCUCGCUGGUUCAAUACCGAUCAAUAAUAGCAAUAUAGAAGCCUUUCUGCAUACUUUCCGUCAAACAACAGAAUACGCAAGGGAUAUUAUAAUAUCAACAGUACAUGAGCCUGAUGUUGAGCCCAACCUACUGAUAACAACAGUCCUUGCACUUGGCAGUUCAAAUGUAAAACAGUCUUCCCAGAAUGGCGGUAUACUGUCCAGACUGGCCCUGCAUUUUCCUCUUGUUUUUAGCUUUUGGGGAAGACAUGUUCAGCAACAAGGUGGCCCUGGGAAAGAGAAUGCAGAAUCUCCUCGUGAAGUGAUGGGUUCUUAUGACAUUGAUGUGGGGGCAAAUAGAAUUACUCCAGAUGUCAUAGAUGACAAUUUCAACAAGAACUAUGUAGAGUUGGAGCCAGCAGUGAGCAACAACAGCUCAAAGUUUUCUGCUUCAAGGGAUUCUGAAAAAAAAGAUGAUUUAUUUGACACCGUAGGCAAUUAUUCUAUCCUUUAUGACUCCAUUACUCGAGGAGGAUUAGGCGACUCUGCUUUUCAAAGGGAGCAACUUGAAAACUGGAAUCUUGGCCCCGGGUUUGAGGUGGCAAAGGAGUGGGCCCAAGAAAGGGCAGCUGAUACUACACCCAUGGUUGAGGAUAACCUAAGCAUCUUCCACCUUCCGGUUGGUGUGAGGCCUUCAGAAGAGUUGAAAGACUGUUUAGAAAUCUCAUUUAUGACAAAACAGCAUGAGCCAGAAACUGAUAAUAAUGUGAAAGUACCAGCAUUAAAUGGAGGCAUGCCUCCUUGGAGUGCAGUUACUGAUGCAGGUUUGGAAGCAGUGAUGGAAUUUGCAUCUUCACUUUUGAAGGGAAAGUAUGCUAACAAACCAAAGAAGGAUGGAGUUCUAUCUGUUCGUGCUGCAUCUAUGCUGGAGGCAGAACGUGAUUUGUCAAAAAAGUGGAGUCCUGUUGUGGAAAUGCAAUAUAGGGGAGGAAGAUACAAGGGACGAUGCCAAGGUGGUCUACCUGAAGGGAAGGGGCGUCUUGUUCUUGGAAAUGGAAGUAUAUAUGAUGGUUUAUGGCGCUAUGGUAAGAGAUCAGGUCCAGGAACAUUCUAUUUCAAAAACGGAGAUAUGUUUCAAGGAUCAUGGAGGGAUGAUGUCAUGCACGGCAAGGGUUGGUUUUAUUUUCACACUGGUGAUCGGUGGUUUGCAAACUUUUGGAAGGGAAAGGCUAAUGGUGAGGGGCGAUUCUAUACAAAGUCUGGCGAUGCCUUCUUUGGCAAUUUCAAAGAUGGAUGGCGGCAUGGCCAGUUUCUUUGCAUUAAUGCUAAUGGGACAAGGUACAUUGAAAUUUGGGAACAGGGUGUUCUUUUAGACAGCAAGCAUUUAGACAGUUGACCGAGCAGGAUAAAUAUGGUAUUCAAAAUUUUGUGAUUACUGUGAAUUCUAGAGCCUUGUCUCGUUUUUUUCUUACUUCUCUUUCUGUGUUGUAUAAUAGCUGUUUAUUGUCGGCAAUCGGCAUGUUUUGUGUAUUUCGUUUUGCCAUGAAGCCAAUUUCGCUUGUAGUUUUUUUUUUCCAAUUCUUUUCCCCUAUAUAAUUUUCUACAAUCCA